UCUUCAAACUAGAGGACAACUCGAUCGGGCAUACCAAAAAGGUUGAGCAAAGAAGAAGAAGAAGAAGCUGAAGGAGCUCACAAUAGCAGCAAAGCUUCCCGUUCAUUACUGUUGCAUGAUAGAACAGCCAACCCUAGCUAGCCACUGAAAAUGGCUCAUCACCAGCUUCGAGUUUCUUUUGUACCCCCCGAUCAAACUAGUCCUUCUCUUUCAUUUCUUCAGGCCAAAGAAAGCAUCAUCUCUCAGUGUCGAGAUGAUAAUACUGCCAAGCAAGGAAGCACAUCUCCGAAAAGGAACCGAGAUCAUGAAGAUGAGAUCAAGUCAGCUCAGUCAAGAAAUGAGGAGAUCACAAUAUUAGGUCUAGCUUCAGCUCAAGUGGUUGCAGCAGCAGAAGAAGCCAGUAAAGGCUGUGAUGAGGUGUUCGCAGUAGCAGAAGAUAGUGGACGUGAGAGGUUGAAGAAGCAUAGGCUUGAGGUGGCAGGUCGGGUCUGGAUUCCGGAUGUAUGGGGCCAGGAGGAGUUUCUCAAGGACUGGGUUGAUUGUACUGCUUUUGAUGAUUCUUUGUUUCCUAAUGGCAUUUUGUCAGCUCGUAGUGCUUUGGUUGAAGAAGGAAGGAGAGGAACUUCAAGCAGAAUAAGAAUAGAAAACAGGUGUUGAUGAGUAAAAUUAAUCUUUCUUCAUACUGGCUUUGAUUGUUAUGAUACACAAAUCACUUUUGAUAAUCAUCAAAUAUAUAGUAGCUGAGAACCCUAUUUGUGAUUGGAUUUUGUUAAUAAUGAGUGAUUGUAUAAUUACAAAUA